UUAGCAAAAGGCAAGGCAGAGCAGUCUACGAACAGUAUGAAGCACAUCAUCCUGGCAGUGGUGAUCUCCCUGGCCGCUUUGGCCAGUGGAUCGUACGUACCGAGCACCAAGUACGAAGUAAAAUACGCCGACAAGGAUUUGCUGUUCAAGCAAAAGUUCUUCUUCGAAGUGCUGCGCAACAUACACCUGCCGCUCAAGUAUGAGGAGUACCUGCCGUACACCAAGAGCUGGGUGUCGGAUGAGUCCAAGUAUCAUAACUUCCCACAAGUGGCCGAGUUCUUCGACUGGUACACGACCGGUGGUUUUGUGGAGAAGGGCGCACUCUUCACCAUCUACAACGAGGAUCAUCUCCGGCAGACCUAUCUGCUGUUCAACCUGCUGUUCAACAGCGCCGACUGGGACACGUACUAUCAGAACCUGCUGUGGGCCCGCGAGAACGUGAACGAGUGCAUGUUCAUCUACGUGGUUCAUUUGACCGUGUUCCAGCGCGCAGAUUUGCAGGGCAUCGUCCUGCCAGCCAUCUAUGAGAUCUACCCGUACUACUUCUUCAACACCGAUGUGAUCCGUUCCAUCACGAACAAGAAGCUGUACGAUGCCAAGUUUGGCCUGAAUGCCAACGGCAAGUACAACGUCGUGUUCGCCAACUACACCGCGUUCGAAGCGUACAAGCUGGACGCGUACAACAGCCUUAAGAGUGAGGAGUACCUCAACUACUACACCGAGGACAUUGGCCUGAACGCGUACUACUUCUACUUCAUGAUGGACUAUCCGUUCACGCUGGGCGGCGAACGGUUCGGGCUGAUCAAGGACCGCCGCGGAGAGUUGUUCUGGUACGUGCAUCAGACGCUGCUCGCCCGCUACAAUCUGGAGCGCCUAUCGAACGGCAUGGCCACCGUGCAACCGCUGGCGUGGCGCUUCCCGAUCAAAACCGGCUACUCGACGAUGCUCAGCUACUGGAACGGUGUGCCGUUCAAGAGCCGGGAAAACAACUUCGUGCUAGAUGAUGAUCUGUACAAGCGGCUCGACUGGGUUACCGGCUGGGAGAUUAAGCUGCGCAAGACGAUCGAGGAUGGUUUCUACAUGACGGACGAUGGCCAACGUAUUGAUCUGCGGCUGCCGGAGUCGGCCGAUGCGUUUGGCAGCAUCAUGAACGUGAAUGUUGAUUCGUACGGUAUGAAGCACAUGGGGUACAUUGAAAUUUUGUCCCGUGCCCUGCUGUCGAACACGGAGUACCGGUCGAAGAAAAUGUGGCCCUCGGUACUGAUGCAGUUCGAGACGAGCCUGCGCGAUCCAAUCUUCUACCAGCUGUACGAGCGCUUCCUGGAUAUCUACAGCUACUUCAAGCGCUUCCUGCCAAGCUACACUUACGACGAGCUCAACUUCAACGGUGUCGCUAUUCAGGACGUUACAUUCGACAAGCUGAUGACCUACUUCGACUACUUCGAUUCGGACGUCUCCAACGUUCUGCCCAUGCAGUCUACCGACAAGUAUUUCGAUUAUGCCGUUUACGCACGCCAGAGUCGCCUCAACCACAAGCCAUUCGGCUACACGAUGAACGUCAUGUCGAACUACACCGGAAAGGCCGUCAUCCGGGCGUUCGUUGGUCCGAAGUUUGAAAGCAUCUUUGAUCUGCAGUACUACAAGAAGUACUUUGUUGAGAUUGAUCAGUAUCUGGUCGACUUCACCGCUGGCAAGAACACCUUCGUGCGUAACUCGCGCGACUUCUACUGGAGCGUCAAGGAUCGUACCAUGUACACCGACCUGUACAAGAAGAUCAUGCUCGGAUACAACGGACAGGAGAAGUUCGCCCUGGACAUGUCGGAGGCCCACUGUGGAUUCCCGGAUCGUCUGAUCUUGCCCAAGGGCUGGACCGGCGGUAUGCCGAUGCAGUUCUACUUCAUCAUCACGCCGUACACGGGCAGCGCACAGCCUUACUCCUAUGACAAAUCCUUCUCCUGCGGUGUUGGAUCGGGAAUGCGCUAUUACGACAAUCUUCCGUUCGGCUAUCCGUUCGAUCGCGUCAUCAACUUCAACUACUUCUACACCAAGAACAUGUACUUUAAGGACGUGUUGAUCUAUCAUAACGACGACUUUAAGAAGAUGUACUAACGUAUUGAUUUGAGAUGAAAAUAAAGAAGCUGAUAUAGAAAAA